AUGGCACGGGCGCCCCCUGCUGUCCGAUAUGCGGAGCUGCAGAUGCCGGCGGGCGGUAGGUCUGAGAUUGUCAGUGGCGGAGCAUCUAAAGGGCCCUGCUGUGUUAAGAGCCUGCCCUGUAGCCCCCACCAGACUGCGCGGCUGGCUCCUUUCUUGCCCGAGGGCAAGGGGCUGGAGGAAACCCAGCAGAGGGACCAAAGGGGAAGCCGCAGCCUCUGA